UUCCUUCCGCGCUCGGGACCGAAUGAACUGGCCGAGCGAACGUCGGGGCGUGCGACGCGACCGUUAUAUCGUCGGAGCGUCCUCCUCCCGACUGCCGAGUCCAGCGCUCCGCACAAAGGGGCGGUGGAGCCCAUGCAGAUCGACGUGGACCCGCAGGAGGACCAGCAGAACGCGCCCGACGUCAGCUACGUGGUGGAGAACCCCACUCUGGACCUGGAGCAGUACGCGUCCAGCUACAGCGGGCUCAUGCGCAUCGAACGGCUGCAGUUCAUCGCCGACCACUGCCCGCAGCUGCGGCUGGAGGCCCUGAAGAUGGCGUUGUCCUUCGUGCAGAGGACCUUCAACGUGGACGUCUACGAGGAGAUCCACCGCAAACUGACCGAGGCCGGCAGGGAGCUGCAGAACGUGCCCGACGCCGUCCCCGAGGCGGGCGUGGAGCCCCCGCCCCUGGACACGGCCUGGGUGGAGGCCACCCGCAAGAAGGCCCUGCUCAAGCUGGAGAAGCUGGACACGGACCUGAAGAACUACAAGGGGAACUCCAUCAAGGAGAGCAUCCGGCGGGGCCACGACGACCUGGGCGACCAUUACCUGGACUGCGGCGACCUGAGCAACGCCCUCAAGUGCUACUCGCGGGCCCGGGACUACUGCACCAGCGCCAAGCACGUCAUCAACAUGUGUCUCAACGUCAUCAAGGUCAGCGUCUACCUGCAGAACUGGUCCCACGUGCUCAGCUACGUCAGCAAAGCCGAGUCCACCCCCGAGAUCGCCGAGCAGCGAGGGGAGCGCGACAGCCAGACGCAGGCGAUUCUCACCAAACUCAAGUGUGCGGCAGGUCUGGCGGAGCUGGCGGCUCGCAAGUACAAGCAGGCGGCCAAGUGCUUCCUCCUGGCCUCGUUCGAUCACUGCGACUUCCCCGAGCUCCUGUCCCCCAGCAACGUGGCCGUGUACGGCGGCCUCUGCGCCCUGGCCACCUUCGACCGGCAGGAGCUGCAGCGCAACGUCAUCUCCAGCAGCUCCUUCAAGCUGUUCCUGGAGCUGGAGCCGCAGGUGCGGGACGUCAUCUUCAAGUUCUACGAGUCCAAGUACGCUUCCUGCCUCAAGAUGCUGGACGAGAUGAAGGACAACCUGCUGCUGGACAUGUACCUGGCCCCUCACGUCCGCACCUUGUACACGCAGAUUCGCAACCGCGCCCUCAUCCAGUAUUUCAGCCCGUACGUGUCGGCGGACAUGUGGAAGAUGGCCACGGCCUUCAACACCUCGGUGGGCGCCCUGGAGGACGAGCUGACCCAGCUGAUCCUGGAGGGGCUCAUCAACGCCCGCAUCGACUCCCACAGCAAGAUCCUCUACGCCCGCGACGUGGACCAGCGCAGCACCACCUUCGAGAAGUCGCUGCUGAUGGGCAAGGAGUUCCAGCGCCGGGCCAAGGCCAUGAUCCUCAGGGCCGCCGUGCUGCGCAACCAGAUCCACGUCAAGUCCCCGCCCCGAGAAGGCAGCCAGGGCGAGCUCACGCCCGCCAACAGCCAGUCGCGGAUGAGCACCAACAUGUGAGGCGGCCCCGGGCCCCGGGCCCGUGCGUCCCCGUCCCCCCCACCGCCCCCCCGGCCCGCUCGGUUUGCCGGCGGAGCCACCGCCUCUCAUCG